GCUUGCAACCACCACAUAAACAUAACGACCAUUGUAUGCCUGAGCUCGUGCAUGGAAAGAUGGAAAUCGGGAAAAAAUUACUCGCCCCAGCAGAGGAGCCCCCAAAAGAACCCCCUCCAACGAGUCACAGAUUGAGCGUCAGGCAUGUUCAAGCAAAAGUCGACACAUUUGAGAAUAUCGGCUACAGAUCGCACCAAGGUAGUUUUAGGAUCCCUAAACACAAACUUCCAUACAAACGGAAGGUUCCAUCAAGAAUCGGUUCGCUCAGCAACCUAUGUCACAAACCCGGAGGGGGUCAACAGGUUAAGGUCUUUUCAAGGCGUGUUGAUUUUCGUUCCGGAGCGCAGUCUCGCAUAGGUGAGGUAAUUCAUGGAAACGUGCCCUCGACGACAGAUCGUUUUGACCAAAGGGGCAGUAUUGUUGACAAACUCACCGAUAGCUUGCGCUCUACAACCAGCCUGCAGGAGAAGGAGAAAACGGACGAAGUAGGGACAGUAGAGCUAUCCGAGGAACCUCAAUCUGAGGGACAACAUGAAAUCACAGCUUCGAAACUGAAUAAACAUGGCGCUUACAUUAUAAGUGGGACAUUGUCAGCCGCGAACACUAGACAAGAGGAUGGAGAUGGCACAGGGAAUGAUGGGUACAGUUGGAGCGUAGAUAAAGUCGAUGAAUUAUUAACGUCUACGCAGACAAUUCCUACAGAUAGCGAUCCAUCUGCAGCACUAAAGAAGGACAAACGAGCUGAAGCUUAUCUGAGACCUGGAGGUGAUGAACAGACGAGCUUGACACUGUCUGCUGAGGCCGGCGGAUCACCGAAAAGAGCAAUUCAAAUAAACACAAGUAAAAAGAGUCAGGUCUCCCAUGCUAAAUGGAGGUUCUGAGACUCCUCUGUCCACGCACUAUCCAAACCUAUAUCAAGCGACUAUUUGAAGAAUCGUCAGAUUUUGUUCACGAGUCUCCCAUUGGUACGUGUAUGUAUCGAAAACGUUCACUCUAAACCAGAUCUACUAUUCGACGCCUUGUUUUCGUUUACGAAGCAUACCGACUUGUAGGUCACAGACAUGUUUAGUCCAACUUCAUGUAUAAAUUACUUAGUAACCCCUCAGAAUUGUCAAGUGCAUUUUUCGCUUCGUUAACGCCGGAGUGGUCUUCACCAAUAACAGUGUUUCCAUUAUAGAGACUCUCCCUAACACUCAAUAGACACGCUUUUUAGACGAAACGAUUUAUUAGUAAACCUAAGGCAUAAUACCGCGUUGUCAACUAUACAGUUGACAAGCAUUUAAAUAUCUGACAGAUGAAAAAAAAAUCAAUUUACGCUUGUUUUUUAUAUCUUGUAAAAUUUAUGGUAAAGAAUCUACGCUGAACGUAACGAGUAUGACCGCAAGCUCUACAAAAAUAAAAAUAGAAAAAUAAUGAAAGAAGAGCUAUUUCUUUAAUUAACAAUAAUAUUACGGUAUUGUUGUUGUUGCCGUCGUUGUCGAAAUAGAAUUCGGUGCGCAUGUGAGCGAUUUGAGUGGUUGUUUAUUUUCAAAUGAAUGGCACAUUAUGACGUUUCUAUCUCUCAUUGGCUUUUGUAGUUACGCUCCAAAUGUGCGUCUGCUCCAUGAUUAAGUAUCGUUCAGUCUUACACCCAGAUAUGCCAGUUUUCAAUUUUUUGUUUGUAUUUGGAAUAGAGUUCCGGAGAGACGACAAAUUUCUGUGAGUAGCAUAACAUGUCAAACACGGCUGAGAGCCCGCGUAAAGGUUAAUUAAGCUAUUAACGGAAAACUCCAACAAUCGUUCUUAGCGUACUUUCAGCGUUGAUGGUUUCCCCGCUUCCACGAGGUGUCUAUCCGUAACGCAGAGUGCGUUGCCAGUGCGAUGAGUGAAUUGUUAUUGUCACAGCUGAAUCUUACAGAAAUCGUAUAUAGCGUUGUGAGGGAAGCGUUAACUAGAAACCUUACGACACUAAAGAGUUGACUGCGAGUCCCAAGUAGACGUGAUCAGAUCUGCAUAGGCACAACACACUUACAGACAUACCUAGGGAACAAUUGAUCCUUGCAAUCAUUUUGACCGUCUCAUCAAAUCCUCUCGACAUUCGAAAUAUCAAACAGAGAACAUAAAGCAAGGCAUUCAACUUGAUUGAAAUUCUCAAUGAAACAUUUUGACAUUUGAAUACUUUUUUUUUUUAUUUAGCCGCGAAUGAACUUAGGAUCUUAGGAACUACUGUUAUCAAUCGUCCAGGUGCUUCUUGGAAUGAGGCAGUAAAUGCCUUUAGCAUGGUAUGGUUCUUGGCCAAAGCUUCAUCUCGACAAGAAGAUUGGCCAAAUAAUAACUAAAAUAGCAAGUUUGAAGUUAAACAAAUUAAGUGAUUUCAGUAAUUUCAAAUGACCGAUUGGAUUUUUAAGGGUGCUAUUUUCUCCGAUGAACAAUUGCACACACGGAUGAUCCAGGUGAAGAAUAUUGAGAAGAUGUGCCACGUACGAGUUUAGUUUCUGACACCGCUUUUUGGUUAUCAUUAUUAUUUACUAUUAUGUUCAUCGAGAUUAUUUAGUACAGUGCUUAUCAAUCGUUAUAUACUUAUAUCAAAACUCCCAACGUAGACAUUUAUAACAAAUAUCAAUAAUACAAUAUAUGUUCAUCGUACAAUCACAACAAGUACAAUUUUUCUUUAAUAAAAUUUUUCUCAACAUCAGGAUAAAUCCUUAACGUGUACUCUGUUUGCCUGCUGGAGUACAUAAGACUGUUUAAUCAAGAGCUAAUCGAAUACUUUGGCCAAUUAAGGAGAUCUACCUCACUAGAUAACGUGAUUUAGCAUACUUUCCGGAUUCGAUGUCCACGUUGGCAUUAUGCAGUAUUUCGUUCACAGCGGCUAUAUAAACUAUUUCUUAACUUUGUGAAUGUUAUCUGCCGAUAGUUUGUCUGGGUCAUUUUCACACAUAAUCAAUUAAAACCCAAAGUGAGUAGCUACGCUCCUUCGUAGAAUAGUUCUUUUCCGUUUCAGCCUUUUAUCACAAUAACGUAAACACUUGACGUGGAUGAAAUGCGUCGAACAGCCCAUAAUAAGGCGCAGCAUCGUCGUAUCUAAUGCGCCCACGUAAGAAGCGAGGCUCCAAUACACUAGAAAUUUAAAAGAAUGCUGAAUUCGUUAGUAAACCUCCAUACUCUUAAAUACUUUAGCAACUUGGUAUUGCUUCAAUACCUUGAUCUGUAAAAUAAAACAGACAGAAAAAAUGCGGCAUUAUGAUUGUGGUAUACUCCAGCUAUUUUCUUUCAAUCGUUUGCGCUGAGAUCGGCUUCACGCUGCGUUAUGUUCCCAUCGCAUUUUACCUUUUCUCUUUGAACUAAAUAUAUAGUUCAUUAGCCAAUUAAUAGUAUUGACUUAGUGGAACUUCAUCGUAUGCAUGUAUAUUUAUAUAUAUUAUUAUAACGCCCGACUAGCAGGCGGAGGCCAUGGCAACAUACGGUCUGUAUAUGGAUUUGUUAGCAUUAGUUAGAAUAUAUUCACGGUUGUCGAAGUCCAUUGUUGACGCUAUACAGAAGAUCAGAGCUCCGCUAUCGAGAGGGGCAGUUUGAUACGAUAAUUUACACAUAAGUAUUGCAAUUACAAUGAUUACAUACAUAUUUUGAAAAAAAAAUGAUACAUUGCUAAAUAUAAAUUUUUAACGAUACCGAAACCAGCGUACAGUUUAGCGUCCGCUAGCACUCGCUUUAAUUUCGCCGCCUGACGAAACACCUACAUCUGACAUACAGCGUUAGUUAAAUAUAUUUUUACAAUCUACAAAGAUUCAAGGAACACAUUACCAUUUAAUCAUAGUAUCGUUAGUCGCUCGAUUGCCCGCGCUAGAAUUUCGUGUGAGUUUUUUUAAGGUCAAGCUUACAUCUCACAUAGCAGGUUGUUGAAGAAGAUUUGUUCUGGGGUGGCUGGCUCUAACAACAGAUUAAACCACCCUCAGCUCUGCUUCCUUCUUGCUUUCUUCUCGUUCUAUUAGCCUAUCAUUCGUAUUUUUCUUUUUUUUUUUUGAUUUUUAACUAACAUCGCCCGAAAAUUCACUAGGAACUAGUCGGCGUUUCAAA